UUGAAUGAUAAGCAAUUCAAACUUCAGCUGUUGACAUUCCACUUUGUUUUAUUUAAAUCAACAAUGACAGCAGCGCAGCCUUCUUUAAAUGUAGUGCUAGUGGACAUAGAGGGCACCACAACCUCCAUUAGCUUUGUUCACGAUGUGCUUUUUCCAUAUGCCAAAGAAAAUGUGCAACAAUAUCUACAAGAAACUUGGAACAGCGAUGCCACCAAGGAUAUUGUUCAGGAUUUGCAACAGACACCACAAUUUGCAGAAUGGCGAAGCACUCUGAAUAGUUCUAUGGACACAAUAGAUGAGCCUCUAAUUACUGACUUUGUGCGUUAUCUUAUCGACAAAGACCUAAAGGUAACGCCGCUGAAAACGCUGCAGGGCUUAAUCUGGGCCAGAGGUUAUGCUGCUGGGCAGCUUAAGGGUCAUGUGUAUGAGGAUGUGCCUGCGGCAUUUGAAGCUUGGCGUAACGCCGGACUCCGUGUGGCUGUCUACUCCAGCGGCAGCGUGGCCGCUCAAAAGCUUAUCUUUCAUCACAGCAUAGCUGGCGACUUGCUUAGACACAUAAGCGCGCACUUUGACACACACGUGGGCCACAAACAGCAAACGGAAUCGUACACAAAGAUAGCUGAAGCGCUGCAAGUGCCGCCCGAAAAAGUUAUUUUCCUUACGGAUGUGGCUGGCGAAGCUGAUGCUGCGAGAGCUGCUGGAAUGCAGACGAGGAUACUACAACGUCCAGGCAACGCCGCCCUUAGCGAGGAUCAAAAAUCGACGUAUCAACUAAUUGAAGACUUUACGUCGUUGCAGACGCUGCAACUCUCAUAGUCAUGGGUAUAAAACAAAUUGUUAUGCCAGGAAUGUACAUAAUUAAUUUGUAAACAAAAAUCUCAUGCCAAAAACAA